UUGUUGCAGACAAAAUCCGUAAAACGAAGCAGACUAAUUAUGCACAUAGGCGCCGUUAUUUUAAGCUUGUGAUCCCAUUUUGAUACUUUCAUCCGUAAAUGAGCAGGAUAAAUUGCAAAUUAGUCUAACCGUCUCGCCGAAGUUUAAGAAACUGAAUCAAUAAUGCAGAGUUAAAUUUUAAAAUGCUAAAUCCUAGCACGCCUUAUGGUAUACGAUUACUGAAAACACCAUUGGUAUAAUUCGAUACUACUUGUUGGUUCCUCGAUGAUUGUAUUGAUCUGGUACAUUAUCCUGGUGUGAAUUAAUUGGUGAAGAUAAUCUAUAAAGAAAGAAGCACAGAAAACUAGAGAUGAUUAAGUGAAAAACUACGAAUAACGCUUGAUCGAUCAGUUCUUCAGAUUUCUUUAUCAAGUUAUCAGUAGUUCCUAUUCUAGCCACCAUGCGUACUGUCUGUGUCACUCAGUUAGUCAUCUGCAUCAUACUGGCGUCUUUCGCAAUGGACGCCAGUGCUGCUGAAGAAAGACGCACAUUGGACGAGAUGCAUGCGGAAUUGGCUCAGCAGCUGCUGGAGGAAGAACAAGCGGGGAUCACCGGCGAGGAACUGGCGGCCAAACUCCGCGAGAAUCGCCGAGAAUUGAACGAGAUGGAAAGAGAGGUUAUAGAACAACUCCUUGAAAAGGAACUGGCAUCAAUGACGGGCCAAGAACUCGCUAGGGUGCUCAACGAAGUAGCGGAGGAUUCCCGUUCGCUCGACACCCGUGGCGCUGGCUGCACCGUGACGGAAUAUUCCGCUAACUGCUGCGCUGGAACAUCCUUCAGAGUUUUCUUCAAAACUUACAACCUAAACGCUUGUGUGUUGGCUGAAUAUCUACCUGAACAGGUGGGGGUCCACUUGCGAAUCAGCGUCAGCGGAUUGAACCUUCUGGACAGAACCGUUUCAGCUGAAAAUCCUGGCGAUAUCUGCGUGGGUGUUCCGGAGAUCCGUGUCGUCUCUCUCUGCCUCAACCUUAAUAACUUCCGAGUUGAGGGCGGACAUUUCAGAGGCUGUUUCGCCUUCAAACCCAAGGCGAUUGGGUUUACCGUGGCUACCCUCAAUAUGGGCUGUAUCAGGAUCCCGUAGAAAUAAAUCCUGCACGUUACAGAGAUGGUUUAAUAUUAAAGUCGCUCGUGGUUAAAUACGGCGUCAAUUUAGGAAGUAAUUACCUUGGGGAAAACUUUAUGAAAAGACUUCCAAAAUUAUUUAUUGCUCCAUCUCGUAUAUUGUUGAUUACAUUUUCGCUCUCUCUCCUUUUACUUUAUUGUGCCUUCAAAACUAAGCUUAUUAUAAAAACCUCACGAGUGUAUAACAGAGAAAGGGAAAGAUCGUCGUAAGCCCUGGACAUAGCCACAUAACAAAAACAGGCCACGCAUCGUGUUUUUCCGAUCUCUUGCCGCGACGAAUUAAUUAUGUUUUUACUCCAGGCAUCACAUACAAAACAAACGCUGAUUUAAAGCAAGGCCACGCACCAAAUGAUUAUCCUAAUUUGCAUACGGAAUUUGUUUUUAAAAGAUACGCUAACAUGCAUAUGAUCUUGCAAUCAAGAAUUUACUCUGGCUGUUUAAUCAGGUGAUGGGAUGGUGGUGGUUGAUUUAACGCGUACUUGCAGCAUUAUUAAUUUGUGUCAGUUUUUUCUUUUUUUUUCAUAUUUUUCCAAUUUUUUUUGUGUCAGUUAUGAUAGAAUGCCAUCAAUAUUUUGAGUUCAAUAAAAUAUCUUUGGUGAUAGUUGGUAAUUAA